CGCGCCGUCCGCCGGAAGAAUGUACCCCCAAGUAGUGGUUUUGAGCUGCGUGGUGGCUGCUGUCGUACUUAUCUCCAAUUCACAACCCGCUCUGGCCGAUGACGUCAUUAUCCAGAAAAGGGUUUAUGAUGGAGAUUUAGCAGCCAUAUUUGAUCCCAAGAAAAAGAAGCCUUUCUGCAAUGCAUUUACAGGGUGUGGUCGCAAACGAGCUGACGAGUCCAUGGCAACCCUGGUGGACCUCAACAGUGAGCCGGCGGUGGAGGAGCUGAGUCGCCAGAUACUGUCAGAGGCUAAACUGUGGGAGGCCAUCCAGGAGGCUAGGGUAGAACUGCUGCGUCGGCACAACCAACAGGCUGAACGAGAGAGAUACGCUGUCAAGCCUUUCCCUCUCUCAUCUCUCAAGAAAAGAUCCAUAGACUACACCCAGUCAUAAGGUGUUUUCACCAUCAGAUGAAAAACUUUUGUUUAUUGUUUAGUGUUGUGUUUAGCUGUAAAUAAAACUUACCAUCAACCAUACAUAAGUAGUACCACUUUGAAUCCAUAAUGUAAAAUCUAUUAGAAAUGAUUAUGUACCAUAUCCCAAUUUGAGAAAAGUUGUGUUUCAAGAAUUACGUUUACACUAUAAAUAUGUUAUUCCUGGAAUUGGGAUAUGGGUGAAUAGGGUACUUACUUACUCACCAGGUAAAUGUUGUGAUGUAUCUAAGUGAAGGAUUAUUAUUUAGUAGGUAAAAAGAGAUUUAUUCAUUCAGUUGCAAUUAUAGCCCAGGCAAACUAGACUUGUAGCUCCUAAAAAUUGGGGAAAAACUUGAAAUCGUUUUAAUCUGCUCUGGAGAUCCUAAAUAAGUUAAAAAUGGGUUUGUGAAGGAUUCUGAAGUGAGCUAAGUGUAUGGGAGGCAAAAAACUAGGCCGAUUUUGCUCAAAUAUUUAGUUUUUCGCUUAUAACUGAAGAACAAUGCAUCCCACAAAAAAGUGUACGGAUACUUGUCUAAAGAACAAUAAAGUCCGCGUCGAAUUACGUUAAAAUCAUUAAAAUCGGUUCAGUCAUUCUGCCACAACAGGUUGUCAAACAAAAUAUAGCAUACACUCUGCCAUCUGGCGGAACACGCUGUAAUCAUCAAUAAUAGGAUGACAAGGAGAAUGUUAGAACUACUUUAACUUUGAUGACCUGUUGUAGCAGAACAACUGAACCGGUAUUAAUGAUUUUAACGUCGUUCGACGCAGAAUUUAAUGUUCUUUAGAAAAGUAUGGAUACACUUUUUGUGGGAUGCAAUGUUUUGAGUUAUAAGCGAAAACUAAAAAAAUGAGCAAAAUUGGCCUAGUUUUUUGCCUCCCAUACACUUAGCUCACUUCAAUAUCCGUCGCAAACUCAUUUUUAACUUUUUAGGAUCUCAAGAGCCGAUUAAAACGAUUUCCAGCCCUCUCCCAAAUUUUAGGAGCUACAGCUCUUUUUUUGGCUAUUUUGCCUGGGCUAAAUGAUUGAGGCUGCUAAGUAUAAACUGUUUUGCUAUAAGUUUUAACACAAGUAAGAGCAUAUAAAAUUUUCAAGAAUAACAUAAGGUACUACAAAAUGUUGUCCAGGAUUCAUUUAUGUGAACUUAAAAACUGUAUAGCAUAUGUAUGAACUGAAAAAUAUAUAUUAUUUUGAAAUA